AGACACUGCGAGCAGUGCCUGGCCGUGGUGCAUGACGGCGAUGAAUGUCCCUGCGAGGACCAGCUACCACCUGCCGUCCAGCAGCGGCACGCUGCCCGAGAGCAGCAGCAGAGGCAGGCCGAUAGAAUGCUGAGGCGGUCGCGCUGCUCGAUGCAGGAGGUGUCAGUGGGAGACAAUGUCCGGAUAGGAAUCCCAGAUGUCGACAGAUCCAGAAUAGAGAACAGGAACCUGAUUUGCGUUGUGAUCCAGAUCGACGGCGACUGCUAUAUUCUGGGCUGCCGACACGGUCCCCUGCAUGGGAGGUUUUCCCGAAACCAAGUAGACCUGUGCCGCGCUGGUCAUCUAUCGCUGACCGACGUGCCGGAGCGGAGCGUGACCGUGCGAGAGGCGGCCAGGGCUCAGUCGGGGGGGGAAAGGCACUCACGCGACAACCGUGAGAUGCUGGAGCUGGCCAUCACUGUCCUCGGUGGUGCUCCGAAACGAGCGCAAGAUCUCGACUUCCUCAAGUCCCUUUUGGAGUGCGAAUUGGAUGAAUUGGUGUUCGAAUUGGUGUCCAAGGCGACAGCCAUUGUCUUCAGCCGCCACCUCUGGUAUCUAAAUGAGAAGCUGGUCGCCCUCAUCUUCUAA